AUGGACAUGCAACACAUAGUGCCUACUGACUUGCGUCAUCUACGAGCUUGUUUACUGUGUGGACUUAUCAAGACGAUGUCUCAAUUCGAAAUGAAUGGCUGCGAAAACUGUGAGGACUACCUAAACCUUCAAGGAGACCGGGAGUCUGUUUACGAGUGCACUUCGAAUAACUUCGACGGAAUGGUGGCGAUGAUGAACCCUCCCGAGAGCUGGGUUGCACGAUGGCUGAGGAUAGACAAAUUAACACCGGGUGUUUAUGCAAUGAGUGUCUCUGGAAGGCUCCCGAAGAGCAGAAUAGACCAUCUUAGAAGCAGGGGCCUUGAAUACCAAUCUCGGGAUAGGAGCAAAGCGUAA